GAAGACAGAGACAAGCUAAAAAAUUUUAAAAAAUAUUUUUUUUAUAUAUAUAUAUAUAUAUAUAUAUCUCAUUUGAAAAGUUUUAGCCUGAAAAUCUGUGAUUUUUCCUAUAAUGCUGUAGGCCUAAAUUUACAUUCUGUUCAUUGUUUAGGUGUAUUACUUGUAACUGCAUUUUGUCUUUCAGCCUGUCUUGUUUUUGUUAUAUUUUCUGUAUUUGUUAUUAUUUCUGUAUUUUGUAUAUUUUUGUCCAGAGCUAAACCUGGUGUAGAUAUAGUCCACAGUAGGGUCAAGCAGUUUUAACAUGCUACUGCGAACAGUUCAUAUUCUCCUCACCUAAUUACCUGUGUCACCUUUUCCACCUCGUCAAGCUGGUCAGAGGAGUGAGCCAUUUCAGACGUAUGCGACACAAACCUCGAAACAAACCCUCUUCUCUGUUAGUCUGAUUAGUUCUUAUAUGAUUAACUCCAAAUUGUAGUUUCUUUCAUAGGUUCUUAGCUGAAAGACAUUCUUCCACAGUGAUGCAUAAUGACUAUGAAGGUAAAUCUUGCUGUUGUGUCUUUUGACAAACACACCUCACUUUCAGUAUGGGACAGUGUUUCUCUCCACCAGGAUCUUCAUUCCCUUUUCGCAGAUAUCCCCCUAAUUCUGCCUCAAAAUGGAUGACUGUUGUCUUUUUUCUGCCUGCCCAUGUUGAGCUGGGAGAUUAGAGCAAUCAGCUUAGGACUGCUGCUGACCUGCAGGCAGAGGAGAGUGAGUGGGCAGCUAGGAGUCAUACGGAGCUCUUCUACCUUGCUUAAUGUUUUCCAUUACUUCAGCUUGUUUGUGAACCUCUUUUUCUAGAUGAUGUUCGACUUUUUUAUUAUUCUAUAAGAGGUUUAUCAGUCUGAUGACCCCUUCUAGGGGUUGAGCUGCAAAGCAAUGAAGACAGGCUCUCAAAUCCGCCUGUUGCUAUGGAAAAAUUGGACUCUUCGCAAGAGACAGAAGAUUCGCUUCCUGGUGGAGAUCUUCUGGCCAAUGUUGUUAUUCAUUGGUCUGGUGUGGCUGAGGAAGGCCAACCCACUGUACCAACAACAUGAGUGUCAUUUCCCUAAUAAGGCUAUGCCGUCAGCAGGGAUUCUCCCCUGGAUCCAGGGCAUCAUCUGCAACAGCAACAACCCAUGCUUCAGACAUCCAACCCGAGGAGAGUCCCCAGGCAUAGUGUCCAACUAUAACAACUCAAUAUUGGCACGGUUCUAUGUUGAUGUCCAGGAGCUUCUGCUCAACGAAACGGAGGUCCAGCACCUCCAAAGACUUUGGCAAGAAAUGUCAUCCUUCUCAAACUUAAUGGAUACUUUACGCAAUAACCCAUCUGUGGUUUCAGGCCGUGGGCUGAAGAUAGAUGGUAUUCUGAAGGAUGAUGAAGUUCUUACGGCCUUCUUGUUAAGAGAUGCCAGCCUCUCGGAAUCUAUUGUUUACCAGCUCGUCAAUGGACAAAUACGACUUGAACAGUUUGCAUUUGGUGUCCCAGACCUGCAGCUGAAAGACAUAGCAUGCAGUCAGGCCCUGCUGGAGCGCUUUAUCAUCUUCCCCAGUCGUAUGGGACUCCACGGGGUUCGCAACGCCAUGUGUGCUCUCAGCCAGCAACGGCUGCAGAAGAUUGAGGACGUCCUCUAUGCGAACCUGGACUUCUUUAAGAUCUUCAAACUGAUGUCUAAGGUUUUGGACAGCAGCUCUGAAGGGAUUGAUCUGCAUUUCUGGGGUCGGGUUCUUAAGGCUGCAUCACAGAAGAUCCAACUGCUGAUGGAGCGGGAGAGCUCUCAGGAUCUCCUGAAGGUUGUGUCCCCUCUAUUCCGAGCCCGAGGUCCUACCUCCUUCACCCAGAUGAUGUCCAGUGUGUCAAGCCUCUUCUGCGGAUAUCCAGAGGGAGGAGGCUCUAGGGUCCUGUCCUUCAACUGGUAUGAAGACAACAACUACAAGGUGUUUCUGGGGGUCAAUGGCACCAAAAGCCACAACUAUGUCUAUGAUGAUACUGCCACUCCCUUCUGCAAUGGCCUGAUGGAGACCCUGGAGUCCAACCCUGUCACAAAAAUUGUGUGGAAUUCAGUCAAGCCCCUGCUGAUGGGAAAGAUCCUGUACACUCCCGACUCCCCUGCCGUCCGCAAGAUAUUAAAGAGUGCCAACACAACAUUUGAAGAGCUGGAGAGGCUCCGGAACAUGGCCAAAGCCUGGGAAGAGGUGGGACCUCAGCUUCAAGCUUUCUUCCACAACAGUGUCCAGAUGAACAUGAUCAGGGACACCCUGAGAAACCCGACAGUGAUGCACUUCAUGGACAACAGUCUGGUGGAAACAGACUUUACAACUAGAGAUAUUCUGAACUUCUUGUACAGUGGUCCAGAAGAGGAGAGGGAGGCAGGAAUGCCAAACUUUGACUGGAGGAACAUUUUUAACAUCACUGACCAGAUCAUACGCAUGCUCAACCAAUAUGGGGAGUGCAUUAAUCUGGAUAAAUUUACAGCCUACACAGAUGAGUCUCAGAUGAUCCAUCAGUCCUUAUACCUGCUGGAGGAGAACAAGUUUUGGGCCGGUGUUGUCUUCAUGGACAUGUAUCCCUGGACCACAAGUGUUCCCCCACAUGUCAAGUACAAGAUCCGCAUGGACAUCGAUGCAGUGGAACGUACCAACAAAAUCAAAGACAGAUACUGGGAUCCAGGUCCCAGAGCAGACCCCAUGGAGGACCAGAGGUAUAUCUGGGGAGGUUUUGCUUACCUGCAGGACAUGAUUGAACACAGCAUCAUCAAGCUUCACACAGGCAACGACUGGCCACUAGGGGUCUAUGUCCAGCAGAUGCCAUAUCCAUGUUAUGUAGAUGACCUUUUUAUGAUUACGCUGAACCGCUGCUUCCCGAUGUUUAUGGUGCUGGCCUGGAUCUACUCUGUGUCCAUGACUGUGAAGAGCAUUGUGCUGGAGAAGGAGCUGCGCCUGAAAGAGACCCUCAAAGCCAUGGGAGUUGACAAUGGAGUCAUUUGGUACACAUGGUUCAUCGACAGCUUUAUCAUGAUGACUGCAAGCACAGCUCUGCUCACUUCCAUCAUCAUGGUUGGAAAGGUGCUGAAUUACAGCGAUCCAAUCCUUGUCUUCUUCUUCCUGCUGACUUUCACUCUGGCCACCAUCAUGCAGUGUUUCCUGAUGAGUGUGUUCUUCAACAAGGCCAACCUGGCAGCUGCCUGCAGUGGCAUCAUCUAUUUCACCCUCUACCUGCCUCACAUCCUCUGUGUUGCCUGGCAAGACCGCAUCACUAAGAACAUGAAACUGGCUGCAAGCUUGUUGUCUCCAGUAGCCUUUGGCUUUGGGACAGAGUAUCUGUCACGGUAUGAGGAGCAGGGUUUGGGUCUGCAGUGGAACACCAUCCAGACCAGCCCAUUAGAGAAAGACACUUACUCCUUCCUCACCUCCAUCCUCAUGAUGAUGUUUGAUGCCGUCCUCUACGGAGUCCUAGCCUGGUAUCUGGAUAAUGUUUUCCCAGGACAGUUUGGCAUUGGUCGGCCAUUCCACUUCCCAUUCCAGCCUUCAUACUGGCAAAGACCUACACCGUCACACUCAGAAAUGACUGAUCAAGUUCCUGAACAACCUGAGCAAGAGAGCCAAGAGAAGGAUGUUGAGAGCGGAGGCACACCAGAGACAUACACCUGUAACGGAUCAGCCAGCAGAAAAACCUGCAAGCACCAAAGUAAGAGAGAUCGCCUGGAGAGAGAGAGGGAGCAGAUGAAACAACUACAGGAUACUCCAAACCUGGAGGAUGAGGAUCAGGAUGCAGGAAAGGAAGGCCAGUUGUUCUUUGAGCCUGACCCAGUUGGCCUUGCAAUGGGGGUGCAGAUUCAGGAUCUGGUAAAGGUGUUCGAUGGACGCUCCCGUCCAGCUGUCAAUGGCCUCAACAUCAGUUUCUACGAGGGACAGAUCACAUCCUUCUUAGGACACAAUGGGGCUGGCAAAACUACAACGAUGUCCAUCCUGACUGGGCUCUACCCUCCUACAUCUGGCACAGCCUACAUUAAUGGAAGAGACAUUAGAACUGACAUAGACAUCAUCCGCACCUCUAUGGGAAUGUGCCCUCAAUACAACAUCCUCUUCAAGCAUCUCACAGUGGAGGAGCACAUCCUGUUCUACUCACUGCUAAAGGGUCGAACCCAGGAGGAGGCAGAAAGGGAGGUCGAGGACAUGCUAGUGGAUCUGGGACUUCCCCACAAGAGAGAUGACCAGGCUCAGAACCUCUCAGGUGGAAUGCAGAGGAAACUGUCCGUUGCCAUGGCAUUUGUUGGAGGGUCAAAGGUCGUCAUCCUAGAUGAGCCCACCUCUGGAGUGGACCCCUACUCCAGAAGAUCCAUUUGGGACCUCCUACUGAAAAACAGAACUGGCCGUACAGUGAUUCUGUCCACACAUCACAUGGACGAGGCGGACCUGCUGAGCGACCGCAUCGCCAUCAUUUCCAAAGGGCAACUGCAUUGCUGCGGGUCCCCCCUUUUCCUCAAAAACUGUUUCGGAGUCGGUUUCUAUCUAACACUUGUGCGCUGCAUGAAGGAUCUCAGGAAGAAGGAGAAUGACUGUGACUGUGCCUCCGACUGCUCUUGUUCCUGCUCCAUCUGUACAAGAUACAAAGAUCAAUCUCAGAAUCAGUUCCAGCAUCUAGACAGAGUUCUAGAUGGGGACAUAGACAGCAUCACUAGUCUUAUCCACCACCAUGUCCCCGAGGCCAAGCUGAUUGAGACGAUCGGACAGGAACUGACGUAUCUGCUCCCCAAUAAAGGGUUCAAACAUCGAGCCUAUGCUAGUCUGUUUAGGGAGCUGGAGGAGACACUUUCGGAUAUGGGUCUGAGUAGCUUUGGCAUCUCUGAUACGUCUCUAGAGGAGAUAUUCAUAAAGGUCACUGCAGAUGGAGAAGCAGCGAAUAAUGCCACCACAGCUGAACAGUGGAUGUUGCAAGAAAGAAAAAAUGGCACCAAAGUGGGUGUAGAGGGAAAUGAAGAGCAUAAUGGAGUGAAUGGCACUAACCACGCAUCAGAUAGCAGCGCAGGAAAGGGAUCCAGGCAGGUGAAAGGUGCCACUCUGAUUCUGAAGCAGUUCCACGCUCUGCUCGUGAAGAGGUUCCACCACGCCACACGAAGCCAGAAAGACUUCUUGGCACAGAUUGUCCUCCCUGCCAGUUUUGUCCUGAUAGCUCUGAUCUUCACAAUGAUUGUUCCACCGUUUGGGGAGUAUCCCAGUCUGACUCUGACUCCCUGGAUGUACGGACAACAGGUUACCUUCUUCAGCAAUGAGCAACCAUUUGACCCCAAAAUGAAACACUUUGCAGAGCGCUUGUUAAACCGACCAGGCCUGGGCACACGAUGCAUGGAAGGAGAACCACUCGGACUGCCUUGCAGUAAUGGAUCCUCAGAGUGGGAGUAUCCUGAUGUCUCCCCUGUGGUCAGCAACAUCUUACUGAGUCCUGAGUGGAAUCAGAGAAACCCAUCACCCUUGUGCCAGUGCAGCAGCACUAAGAAGCUGACCAUGAUGCCCGUCUGUCCUGUCGGCGCAGGAGGCCUGCCUCCUCGCCAGCGAGUGGAGGUCACAGGAGACACCAUGCUGGAUCUAACAGACAGGAACAUCUCUGACUACCUGGUCAAAACCUACCCCACUCUCAUAAGAGUCAGUUUGAAGAGCAAAUACUGGGUGAAUGAACAGAGAUAUGGAGGUCUGUCAGUAGGAGGACAACUUCCCAUCCUGGAUGUGAACCCUAAAGACAUCCAGAAUGUUUUCCAUCAACUGGGACGAAUGCUCAACAUCACAGGGGGUUACUAUUGUGGACUUGCACUGAGGGAGAUUGGUCCUUUCUUAGGUUACAUGGAAAGUGAAUUUAAUAUUAAGGUGUGGUAUAAUAACAAAGGCUGGCAUGCCAUGGUGGCCUUCAUGAAUGUGGCUAACAAUGCUAUUCUAAGGGCCUUCCUUCCACCAUCUGCCAAACCUGUCGAAUUUGGCAUCACUGCCAUCAACCACCCUCUGAACCUCACCAAAGAGCAGCUUUCUGAAGUCACUGUGUUGACCACUUCAGUAGAUGCCGUGGUGGCAAUCUGUGUUAUUUUCGCCAUGUCCUUCAUUCCUGCCAGCUUUGUCCUCUACCUUAUUCAGGAGCGAGUGACCAAAGCCAAACACCUGCAGUUUGUCAGUGGGGUCAGCCCUUUAGUUUAUUGGGUUUCCAACUUCUUCUGGGACAUGAUAAACUACUCUCUCAGCACUGCAAUGGUAGUUGGCAUUUUCAUGGCUUUUGACAAAAAGUGUUACACAUCAUCAUCCAACCUGCCAGCUCUGAUAGUGCUGCUUCUCCUCUAUGGGUGGUCAGUGACGCCAAUGAUGUAUCCUAUGUCCUACAUAUUCAGCAUCCCAAGCACUGCGUAUGUGUCUCUGUCCUGCAUCAACCUGUUUAUUGGCAUCAACGGCAGUGCCAUCACUUUCAUUCUGGAACUAUUUGAGAACAAUCAGUCUUUGCUGAUGUUCAAUGAGUGCCUGAAGAAAACCCUGCUGGUCUUCCCUCACUUCUGCCUGGGGCGAGGACUGAUAGACAUGGCCAUGAACCAGGCUGUUACUGAUGUUUAUGCCAGGUUUGGUGAAGAGCACACACUGGACCCUUUCCAGUGGGACUUUGUGGGAAAAAAUAUUGCCUUUAUGGCAGUGGAAGGCUUUGUCUACUUUAUUCUCAAUCUUCUGAUCCAAUACCGGUUUUUCAUGGACCACUGGUUAUCGGACUGUAAGCAGACUCGAAUACAAGAUGAAGACGACGAUGUGGCAGCAGAGAGGCACAGAAUUUAUGAUGGAGGGAGCAAGACAGACAUCCUGCAUAUCAAGGACCUGUCUAAGACGUAUGUGGGCAGGAAGAGGGCAGCUGUGAACCGGAUUUGUGUGGGAGUCCCUGCAGGAGAGUGCUUUGGUCUCUUGGGAGUCAAUGGCGCUGGAAAGACGACGACCUUCAAAAUGCUGACUGGUGACACAGACGUCAGCUCUGGGGAGGCUACUGUGGCUGGUUACAGCAUCCUGACAGAGAUUCUGGAUGUUCACCAGAAUAUGGGCUACUGCCCACAGUUUGAUGCCAUCGAUGAGCUCCUUACCGGCAGGGAGCAUCUCUACCUUUACGCUCGUCUCAGAGGAGUACCUGAGUCAGAGAUUGCCAGAGUGGCAGAGUGGGGCAUCCAGAAGCUGGGGUUGACAGAAUAUGCAGGCUGUUGUGCAGGCACUUACAGUGGAGGCAACAAGCGCAAACUCUCCACUGCUAUCGCAAUGAUUGGCUGCCCGGUGCUGGUGCUGCUGGACGAGCCCACAACAGGGAUGGACCCACACUCUCGGCGCUUUCUGUGGAAUGCCAUCAUGAGCGUCAUUCAGGACGGCAGGGCUGUGGUGCUCACAUCACACAGUAUGGAGGAGUGUGAGGCUCUGUGCACUCGACUGGCCAUCAUGGUCAAUGGGACCUUCAAGUGUUUGGGUACCAUCCAACAUCUCAAAUACAAAUUUGGCGAUGGCUAUGUAGUGACCAUGAAAAUCAAGGCAGCUAAAGCAGGCUUAUCUCCAGAGUUGGAGCCUGUUGAGAGCUUUAUGGAGAGCUCCUUCCCCGGGUGUGUUCAGCGGGAGAAGCACUACAACACACUGCAGUAUGAGAUCGCCUCAUCUUCCUUAGCCAGGAUAUUUCAGCUGGUGGUGGCCAAUAAAGACAGGCUCAGCAUUGAAGACUACUCUGUUUCCCAGACAACACUGGAUCAGGUGUUUGUCAACUUUGCCAAGCAACAGACGGGAGAGGAUGAGGACGUCACGUUACACAGACGAACGGCAGGUGGAAGAAAAGACAUCAAGAUCGCCCCAGUUAAGAGGAAAACAUGAAGCAGUCAUGUGUAAAUGCUCAAACAAUGCAGACAUGUUACUCUGCGGGGGAGUAAACUAACACGGCAUGUUCCAAAACUCAACCCCAAACCUUUAUUUUUCCGCUAGCCAAAUUGCUUUUAUAGAAUAGAGACAAGUGUGGCCAGUUACCUGCCAAAGUGAAUGGUGGAACAGUUUCAUUUCCAGCCACAGCCAAACUUUACAAGCCCAUGGCUGCAAAUGGGAUUCAUUUUUUGUUGAUAUAAUCUAAAACCAAGCUGUCUGACUCAUUUCUGCAACUUUAAACAGUGUUACUUUUAACAACAGAAACUGAUGUAAAUAUGUUCUUCUACUGAAAUACAGAAAAGAAACAUUUUUGUCUUGACUGGCUGGCUUGUAUAAAUAUGUACAUAUUGUAUGUGUAAUGAAUACUAAAGCAACCUAGAAGCAAUAUUUUUUUAUUGUCUACAUUAAUGCACACAAAUCAUUUUCAUCUACUGUGUUUAAAUGAAACGUAAUUUAAUAUUGGUUGUCUGAACACACAGCAAGUGCACUAUUGCUUCCAUUCUUACCUGACGUGUUUAACAUGCUUUAUACAUGCUCUGUGCAGUUCUGUCUAGUCGGUUUAUGUUGCAGUCAUAAAAAUACAGUGCAAACUUUCAUAAUGUAUAUGUGUAGUGCUGGAUUUCUUAUUAAAUAUUUCAGUCCUCCAUGA